GCUGCGUAAAUCUCUGAAUAAACAUUCUUCCACAUAUCUAUCUCUCUCGCUGAAGCUAAAAAUGGUACAAGAUGAACAAUGAAGACGAACUUUUGUUGCAUUAUUAACCCUGUUGUUAUGUUCCUCACAUGGUCUGUUACAUCGUUCCUUCUUACAACAAUCCAGUUUUGUUUCGUCCCAGUCAAAUUCAUCGGUCGCAUCACUGUUUCUACCCCAAGCUCUUGAAGACAAGAGUUAGGGUUCCUGCCAUUAGCGACGGUGGUAUCCUCUACAAUAGCUUAGUCUCCGAGGCUGUGAGGCUUUUGGUUCCGCAAGCAAACUUUGACGCCUCCAAGCUCAAAGUGGAAUUCUUAGGGGAGCUACUGGAGAAUAAAGCUAUCGGACGGGUUAUUACACCUCGCACAUAUAUUCUUUCACACUGUGACUUCACUGCUAACUUGACCUUGACCAUCUCAAAUGUAAUCAACCUCGAUCAACUACAAGGCUGGUACAAGAAAGACGAUGUGGUUGCUGAGUGGAAGAAGGUGAAUGAAAAGUUCCGGUUACAUAUUCAUUGUUAUGUUAGUGGCCCCAGUUUAUUGCAGGAUGUGGCUGCAGAGCUUAGAUAUCACAUAUUCUCCAAGGAACUACCUUUGGUGUUAAAAGUUGUGGUCCAUGGUGAUUCGGUUCUGUUUAGAGAGAACCCUGAGCUAAUGGAAGCUUAUGUAUGGGUUUAUUUCCAUUUUAGCACGCCUAAAUACAACCGGAUAGAGUGUUCGGGACCUCUCAAGUAUGCUGCAAAGCUAUAUACUCUGAUCCACGGAAAGCAGAAAGGCAACCAUCAAGGCUUCUUGAGUUCCAAUACUUCUUCAAGGAAAUUGACUCGGCCUAAAUCUAUUUUUCAUACCCUAUUUACGUUUCUUCUGUGA